CGGCCAUGCGCGCGCCCCCACUGCCUCCGCCGAGCGCUCGUGCACCGCCGCCACCGCUGACCGGUCGAGAUGCGGAAGACGCUGCCGGCGCUGCUGCCGGCGCUGCUGACGCUGCUGCUCCUGGACGUUGCAGGCGCGGCCGUUUCCUGGUCCGGAGCAGUCUGCUGUCGGGAGGCGCUGGUGCCUCGCUGCGUCGCCACGUGCAAGCGCGCCGCUUCUGCCGCCGACCUGCGCCGCUCAGGCCACUGCCGGCCCUCGCACGAGGCAGAGCUGUUCCGCUGCCUCAGCGACCGCAAGCGGGCUAAGGGCAGCAACGGGGACGGACUAGGUGAAGACGAGGACUUAUCUAAAGCGAAGCAGUGCUGCGCCGCCGCCGAGACCGCGCCGUGCCGCGCCGUCUGCGCAGAGUCGGAGGCGGCGUCGGCCGUCGGCCGGCCCGGGCCGUCCCAGCGCCUGCAGGGGAGCGCCUGCAGCAAGGAUGCAGCGUUCCGAUCGUGCGUGGGCGUUGAGCCGCCGGCGCCGGCGCGGCCGCUCUACCGGCUGGAGCUGCUCUGCUGCUCCCUGGCGGACACGGCCCCGUGCCGCCGACUCUGCAGAGACGCCUACAGCCUCGGCUGGCACCUGCAGGGACCGAGCUUCGAGCUCGAGUGCCUCAGCAGCGAAUACGGCGAGCCUCGCCUACGCCGCUGCGUCAGAGACGCGGAGGUGCCCUGCCAGCCCAACUCGGGCCGACUACGUUUCUGUCGCGACUUCACGGCCAGCAGCACGGGCCUGUACCGUCAUUGGGACCAGGAGUCCGACGACAAAGCCAAAAUGCAGUACAUUGAGUGGAUGCGGUCGGGAAAAUUUGGCGUGCCGUUCCGGAACCUGUCCAUCGUGACGACGGGCCAGUGCCGGGCGGAGCUGCGGCGGCUGGCCUGCUUCCUGCAGCUGCAGCCGUGCCGGGCGGAGGACCAUUCGGUGGGCGACGUCUGCAGGUCGGACUGUAUGCGCCUGUCGGAGCGCUGCCUGACGCCAUCCAGUGGCGGCGUGGUGGACAUUGCCGCCUUCUGUUCGCUUAUGGCCCAACCGGACCCUGACUGCGUCCGCAUGCCACCGCCAGAGGCGCUCUCGUCGGUACACUACCAGACCAGCAGUCCGUGUCUGCCGUCGCCGUGCGGACCCGGCGAGGUUUGCAGGGUCGGCCACCAGAACCAAUCCAGGCGUGUCUGCCGGCCAGGCUGUCGGCUGAGUUCUGUCACCGACCGGAUGGCGCCUGUCGGAUCUGCCGUGCUCUUGCCAUCUGUCGGGGAAAGCAACAAGCUCUCGCUGCUCAUGUGCACACCAGGGGGAGAGCUGGUGAAGUGCAGAAGCAUUACAAUACCGCGAAGCCUCUCGUGUAUUUCACUCGGGAGGCAAAUCAGCUCCGGGACCGUGGAGCAGCACGGCUGCCAGAGCUGCGUGUGCGUGGACGGCGAGCUCGUGUGUCGAACGGCCGCCGAGUGCGCCAAAGCCGUGCGGCCGCUCGCGCGCCGCUCCGGGCCGCGUGUGCCCACCUGUCUGCGGCUGCAGAACCACAGAUGCUCCAAGCCGCUGCUGCGGUAUGACCCGUGCGAGGUACAUCCAUGCCAGAGCGGGUACCGGUGCGAGCCGCAUCCGGAGCUUUGCGUGGACAGCCUCCAGCCAUGCGCCGAGCACACCUGCGUGCCGGAGACAUCGGAUGCCAUAGCUGACGCUGUAUCAGCGUGCGAGCAAUCCGUGGCCCCACUGAAUUCCGUCGAGGAAAGUACAUGGCGCCAACCCUACGUGGCUUGCCCGGUGGCUGCGGACAGGUGUGAAGUCCCCGGCGCCCACUGCACUACCUCACCCGACUGCCAAUCGCUAAACGCCAACUGCAGUCACGCGGCGCCGCCCUGCGGCCGCUCGCUGAGGCUGUAUUUCAGCGGCCGCCGCUUGGCGGCGCUGGGCGCGCGGCUGCCGGCGCGGGCAGCGCUGGCGGCGCUGCGCCACCUAGUGGGCACGAUGGAGUGUGUGCUGACCGGUCGGCUGGAAGCGCCACGCCAGCUGAUAGUGACGGUGACGCCAGAGCGCGCGGCGGCGGCGCGCGCCUGCCACCUCGAGGCCGACAAGCUGCGCGCGUGGCUGGCGUCCGGCAGCCCGGUGGCGGCCGCCGAGCCCAGCCUAUGGCCUGUGAUGCACGCCGAGCUGGCACCGGAGCCAGGCCGAGGGCGGGCUCCGGCCGGGGCGCCGCGGAGCCUGCUGCUCCUGUGCCUCACCGUGGGAGCCGUGCGGAUCCUGUGAUACAAAUGUAGCCCGAUGGAAUGCUAUUUAUUCAAUACAAGUGUUUGUAGAC